CUGGGCCUGCCUGCGGCGCCUCCAAUCUCUGGCUAAUCUCCCUCCGUGCCUGGUGUAGCCCGGGAUCACUGGUCACGCGUGGAGGUGCGGCCUGUCCAGGCGGAGGUGGUCCUUGUCGGCUUUGCUGCGGGAGUCCCUUGGAGCUGCUGGCAGCUAGGAAGAUGCUGGGCCGAAGUCUCUUCACCUGGGUCCUCCUGGCCAUGGCUGUCACCUGCGCCCAGGCGCAGCAUGUGCCACCGUGGACAGAGGAUUGCAGAAAAUCAACUUACCCUCCUUCUGGACCAACUUAUAGAGGGCCAGUUCCGUGGUACACCAUAGAUCUUGACUUACCACCCUACAAAAGAUGGCAUGAAUUAAUGACUCACAAGGCACCAAUGGUGAGGAUUAUUGUAAAUUCUAUGGCGAAUUUAGCAAAUGCAUUUGUGCCAAGUGGAAAAUUAAUGCAGAUGGUGGAUCAAAAGUUGCCUGAUCUACUUGGCAACAUACCCGGCCCUUUUGGGGAAGAAAUGAAGGGAAUUGCAGAUGUUACUGGGAUUCCUUUAGGAGAGAUCAUUUCAUUCAACAUUUUCUAUGAAUUGUUUACUAUGUGUACAUCAAUAAUAACUGAAGAUGAAAAAGGCCAUUUACUACAUGGAAGAAACAUGGAUUUUGGAAUAUUUCUUGGGUGGAAUAUAAACAACAACACUUGGGUUAUUACGGAGGAAUUAAAGCCUUUAACAGUGAACUUGGACUUCCAAAGAAACAAUAAGACUGUUUUCAAGUCUACAAGCUUUGCUGGCUAUGUGGGCAUAUUGACAGGAUUCAAACCAGGACUGUUUAGUCUUACACUAAAUGAACGUUUUGAUGUAAAUGGCGGUUUUCUGGGUAUCCUAGAAUGGAUUCUGGGAAAGAAAGAUGCCCAAUGGGUAGGGUUUAUCACCAGAUCAGUUCUGGAAAAUAGUACAAGUUAUGAAGAAGCCAAGAAUACACUGACCAAGACCAAGAUAAUGGCACCAGCAUAUUUUAUCCUGGGAGGCAACCAGUCUGGGGAAGGUUGUGUGAUUACACGAGGCAGAAAACAGUCUUUGGAUGUAUAUGAACUCGAUCCUAAGCAUGGCAGAUGGUAUGUGGUACAAACCAACUAUGACCGGUGGAAAAACACCUUGUUCAUUGAUGACCGCAGAACACCUGCAAAGAUGUGUCUAAAUCGCACGACACAGAAGAAUCUCUCAUUUGCAACCAUCUAUGAUGUCUUAUCAACAAAACCUGUCCUCAACAAGCUGACUGUAUUCACAACCUUGAUUGAUGUUACCAAAAGUCACUUUGAAAGUUACCUGCGGGAUUGCCCAGACCCUUGUAUAGGCUGGUGAGCACCCAUCAGCCAGCCUAUGGGACAUGCCAAGACCUGAAGUCUGAUCUCCUUCCAUAGGCUAAGACUCAAGGCCUGUUGUCUUUUAGUCAUGAGAUUGUCCUCAGUGUGUUUAGUUUAUAGACUGUUUUUGUUGCUUGUUUGUAUCAUCAUCAUCACUUCAAUUUACAGGUAAAUUCUUUACAGGACGCCAUGGAGAAUUUGCCAGUUCAUUUCACGUUGACACUGGGGAAGGGUAACUCUGACCUCUAUGGAACACAUCAAGGUUCUCUGCUGGUGUUUAAUCCAGUGCCCUGUGUGAUUAAUGUAAAAGUUGAUUCACCUUUUUUUUUUUUUU